AUGGAGAGUAGCGGGUGGAAGCCUAAUGUAGAGAUAUCACCGAACUGUCCCAGGUGUGGGUCUUGCAACACCAAGUUCUGCUAUUACAAUAACUACAGCUUGACUCAACCUCGUUACUUCUGCAAGGGGUGCAGAAGGUACUGGACCAAAGGAGGAUCACUCCGCAAUGUCCCCGUCGGCGGUGGCUGCCGGAAGAACAGACGUGGCAGUAAGACCUCCUUCAGACAACCAUCCGGGGAUUCUCUUCCUCCCGAGAUUUCAGCUCAUGGAGAUAAUUGUAAUCGCGCAGCAAAUCCAUCUUCAUGUAGCUCCUCAGGUGUGUCUGAUGCUCCAAAUAUUGAUCUUGCACUUGUUUAUGCGAAUUUCCUCAAUCAAAAGCCAGAUUCAACAGCACCAAGCGCAGAAGUUUUGGGUCUGCCAUCAGAAGAUGAUAAACUUGGUGUGAGUGGGUGUUUGACAGAAUCCCAAUUGAGUGAGGGUAACCAAAUGUACCUGUAUGGGUUCAACUCUAUGCCGAAAUAUCUGGAAGAUCAUGGAAUUGAUCAGCGUUGUAGUAGCAACAGUAGUCACGAUGCUAUGAAUUUUGAGUUGCCGCCAUUGCCAGGUGAAGAGGCGGAUUUGCAUGAUAUGAUGUGGUCCGGUUCUGGCUUGCACUCCUCGCAGCUCCCUCUUUUUGGUGCUGAUGCUCAUGAUGCCGACUUCUUAUUGGAUAAUUGGGGCCACUUCGAUUUAUCCAGGCCAUGA